UCACGCGCGCCCUCCAACCAUCAUCACAACUACCUCUCGUGAAACCCCAUCAAAAUCGCAGAAAUGUCAGCCGUCGCGACAGUAAGAGGCCAAUCGCCUCAACAGAUUCGAUCUCUGUAUCGCCAACUUAUCCGCCAGAGCAACCAGUUUACCGCAUACAACUUCCGCGAGUACGCCAAGCGCCGAACGAGAGACGCCUUCAGAGCGAACAUGACGGAGCAGGAGCCGCGCAGAGUACAAGAGCUUGUCCAGCAGGGUCUUAAGGAUCUUCAACUUCUUAAGCGUCAAACAGUCAUCGGCCAGUUUUACCAAAUCGACAGAUUAGUUGUCGAGAGUGCUAGCUCGGGCAAACAAUCUGGUAGCACCGGCGAAGCAGCAAGAUGAUUCUAGUAACGCUCUGAUUGGUGACCUCUCAGUCAUCCAGUACGGAACUCACUUGUUGAAGAACAACGAAAAGAAAGUUACGAAACGAUAAAGCGAAUGCGACACCUCCCGAUUUGUAUUAUAGUUAUGUGGCGUCCCUGGGCUUCAAGUAAGACUAAAGACUGGGUUGAACCUCUGAUUUUGGGGGAGAUGCUAUCCUUACAGUUGUCUACACCUACUUCAAAUGUAAAAAUAAUAACAUUAAAACUCUAUCCAUUAUGCACAUUUGCACAGCCCAGUUCAAAUAACCCGCGUACUUGUAUAGUGUUGGUGCGACAAGGUCAUAAGGAGCUCACUGAACAAG